AUGGCGGCUGCUACAGUCUGGCGCUUGCUGGGAGGUGGAGGAUACAGGGGCCGUGGCUGUGCUAAAAAUGUGAGAAGCUUUUCCUUCCACUCGUCGCCGUCGUUUCCUUCUCGAGCGUCCGAGUUAUCUUCCGGGGGUCCGACGCUGCUAGCCGAGAAAGGUCCUUUUGCGUGCAAGCUGAGCAGCCGAGCGGUCAUUGGAUUUGAAGGAGAGGAUGUUAUCAAGUUCCUCCAGGGCUUGACGACGAACAACAUGAACAAGCUCGAGCAGGAUUCUCCGACGAGGCUACCGCAUCCCACUCUCAACCAGCCAGCGGUGGUGCAGCCUCCUCUCUACACGGCCAUCUUGAAUCCACAGGGAAGGUUUCUGUUUGACAUGGUGGUUUUUAAGCCGGUGCAAUCCACGGAGAAGUUGGACAGAUCGGGAACGGGCCCCGGAAGCGAGAAGUCGGCUCCAAAGCUGGUAGCAGACGUUGAUGCGGAGAGUGUCAGCGAUUUGUUUGCACACCUGACGAGGCACAAACUGCGUGCAAAAAUUUCUUUCUCGGACAUGUCAAAAGAGCUUGCAGUCUGGCAGAGGUUUGGAGGUGCUCUGGAGUGCGAAGGUGACAACGAGGGCUCUGUAGGGUGGGGUGCUGGGCGUGAUGUUGCUGGGAAUACUUCUGCCUCUAGCAAUGUCCAAGGCUGGCGUUGGCAUAAAGAUCCCCGGACAGGAUGUCUCGGCUUCCGAGGUAUCUUUCCGGUGGAAUCCACUCCUCCAUUGAUUGAUGCCGAUCAAGAGGUUGACGAGCAGUAUUAUCUGUUGUGGAGGUUGGAACAAGGAAUUCCAGAGGGACCGGCAGAAAUUCGUGGAGGGGAGGCCAUUCCUCUCGAGUACAAUCUUGAAGGUCUGAACGCGAUCGACUUCGACAAAGGUUGCUAUGUGGGCCAGGAGCUUGUUGCUCGCACACACCACCGAGGAGUGAUAAGAAAGCGCGUAAUGCCGGUGAUUUUUCUUGACAAGGAUGGCGAAGAAAUCAGUGAGGCAGUGAGUCAUGGUGCUGAAAUCGUCGACGCAGAAUCGUCCAAGAAGAUGGGCACUGUAACAACGGCACUUGGCUCCCGGGGAUUCGCUCUUGUGAGGCUGGAAGCGGUUUCCAAACGGCUAAGCAUAGGUGGCGGGAUGGCAAGCAUACAGGUGAAGGUCUUACGACCCAAGUGGUGGCUGCAUCAAUGGGACUGAUCGGGAUAAGUUUCUG